AUGCUGAGCAUUCAGUUGCUCACAUGCCUGUCUUGUUGCUACCUGUAUAACUUUGAGAUUGACAGUGAACAGGACUGGGAGGUUUGGCCACAGGCCAAGAAGAGCACUGCAAGGCUGAACUUGCUGCUCUACAUUGCUUGGUGGUACCUGGAAAAGGCUGUGUGCUACCUGCUUGUCAUGUGA